CUCCCGAGUUCCGUAUCUAUUUGGAGUGCAGAUUGGCCCCUCAGCCAAAUUAUCCUCGUCGCGGCGCCGUCGCACAGGGCCAUUGAGCUGAAAGGCGAGUGCCGGGAAAACAGUUGACCCAGCCUCCGGGGUCUCCACGUGCCGCGCCUGGGAGGCCGCGGGGGCCCUUCAUUAACCCCCCAAACCUCCCCCGACAGCGCGCCACCCGCCCGUUCCUCACUAUCAAUUUUCCUAUUGACCAGCCGCCCCUCCUAACACGACCUAUCCUCAACCAGCUCUUCUACCUGCACCGGGCGCUGCAACCUCUCCUGGGCCACCACCGCGAUCAGAGCGCUCGCUCUGUGUGAUCGCCUGCCUGCCUGCAGCCAGACGGACGCGACCCACCAAGCAUUUGUUAUUUGUACGGCAGUCUAGGCCAUGGCCAUGAAUAACAAGAACUGGAACGACCGCGCAGACAAGGACCUAUUCUUUACCAUUUUGUCAGUAAAGAACAUUGGCGUCAUCAGCGGCGCGGAAUGGACCACCAUCGGGAACCACAUGCGCACGCUUGGCUAUGGCUUCACCAAUGAGGGCUGUCGGCAACACUUUCAAGGGCUGAGACGCGCUCAGAACAAGGCCGAGGCCAACGGUGCCGUUCCCGAGACUACCCGGAGAGUCGAUCCAACGCUGAACCCCAUAACCAGGCGGCCCGGCCCAGGACGCGGCCGGCCUCGGAAACACCAGCAGGAGCAGGAGCAGGAGCAGGAGCAGCACAAGGACACGGACCAGAACUCACAGCAGGGCACGCCGCAAGACCAGCCGCAAGUCCCUUUCCCGGGGGCACAGUACUACGGCCACAUCCCAGAUCAAGUCUCCAGUGAAGGAGCUCAAGCCGCGCCAGAACAUCAUGGACAGUCGCCAGCUUUGAAUGCUGGCGGUGACACGGCACCGCCUGAACCGGUAACGGCCGCUGGGAUUGAGUCCUCAGUCCCUGCUCCAGCGACUGCCGCAGUCCAUGCAGAUGACUUGCCUGUGACCCAUGAGGAAGAGCCUGACGCUGAUGUAGACGCCGAUGGCGCGGAGAGCGCCGGGCAUCUGGACGCCACAGAGCACACGGUGCAGGACGUCGACGAGCAUCCCGCCAAACGCCAAAAGCUGGAUAUCCCUGAGCCGGAACCGGAACCGGAACCAGAGCACGAUUCAGCGCUCGAUGACGAGGCGGUGCUCGCGCUUGCCGUCCACAACGGUGCCGGUCCAGGCGACCAAUACGGCUCAGAGUUCGACAACUACGGCGAAGCCUAGCCAAGGCUUUCGCGAUUACUUUAGCAACGCGAUGUGCACCAACAUCGGUAUAGAGGGGUCUGACAUUCCAUUCGACAUACUUACUUAUCGGUGCUUUUCUCUUUUUCAAGGCCUUACUGCUGCAAAUGGAGUUUGAGCAAAUCUAAUAUUGGGCUGCGUUCUAAUUAUCUUGCAUGGAUGGAUGGGGUCCGUCAGGUCGAAGUAAAUGACGACAAGGGAGGGCCGCCGCAUUGGGAGACCCAGGGGGGGGGGGGGACUUUCGCCC